AUCAGCUUGAAGUUGGGAUCGUCUGCGGGGGGCAGUGUGGCGCCGAGUAUCGUCCACGCUGCAGAAAUUCUUCGAAGAAGAAGGGGAAGACGAAAAAGAAGAAUAGUUGUAAAGUGUGAACCAACUUUCAGUCACACUGUGUGAACCUGCAUCAAGAACAGUCCACCAUCCUGCUGACUCCAUUGUCUUGUCUAAAGAUGUCAGGUUCAGCAACUGCUGAUUAAAAUGGAAGUGGAUCAUGUGCAAUGGCUGCUGUCAUCAUUUGAGAGUUCUCCACAUAUUGUUCAGAAGACAGAAGCACACGAGGUUGGUUCCGGAAGUGGACUCGCUCACACUGCAGAGAAACAACCAAUGUGAACAAUGCAACAGAAGUUUCAGCCAAUUAAAGACGUACAAGCUGCACUUGCUCCACACUGAAGAAACACCAUACUGCUGCGACCAAUGUGGGAGACAUUUCACAACCCAGAGUUCACACAGGAAACGGCAAUGUUAAAAAACACCAAGCCACACCAAUGUGACCAAUGUGGAAAGAGUUUCACUGACUGGGAUAAUUACAGGACACAUCUGCUGGUCCACGCUGGAGAGAAACCACACCAGUGUGAACAAUGCCAAAAGAGUUUCAGUUACUUAUGUCAUUACAAGAGACACCUGCGUGUUCACACUGGAGAGAAACCAUACCGGUGUGACCAGUGUGGAAGCAGUUUCAGUUUGUUAAGUAGUUACAAGGACCACCAGCGUGUUCACACUGGAGAGAAGCCGUACCAGUGUGAUCACUGUGAAAAGGGUUUCAGCCGCUUGAGUAAUUAUAAGACACACCUGCGAGUCCACACAGGAGAGAAGCCACACCGCUGUGAACAAUGCGGGAAGAGUUUCCGUUUCUUAAGUGACUACAAGAGACACCUGCGUGUCCACACUGGAGAAAAGCUGUACCCAUGUGAACAAUGUGGGAAGAGUUUUAGUUGUGCAAGCCACUACAAGAGACACCUGCUCGUCCACACUGGGGAGAAGCCACACCAAUGUGACCACUGUGAAAAACAAUUUACCGAGUCUAGCGACUAUAACAGACACAUGCGUACACACACUGGUGAGAAACCAUAUCAAUGUGAACAAUGUGGAAAGAGAUACACUCAUUUAAGUAGUUACAAUCAGCACCUGCGUUGCCACACUGGAGAGAAACCAUACUGGUGUUCUCGAUGUAAAAGAUUAUUUGCUUGGCCAAAGUCCUUGAAGGUACAUCGAUGUGUCAAUGGAGAUGAAGAGAGCUUCGACUGAGCGAAAUGCAGAGUUUGUCAUCGCGGUUAGCUCUGACUGAGACUGUUAAUCAAAAAUGUAUCUACAAAAAAGCCAUUUUUUUGCAAGUCACUGAAUGCUUUAUAUCUUUUUCAAGAGCUGCUGUUGUGAAAAACAAGUCAUGCUGUGUGCAGAAUCAAACAUCCAGUAUGUAAGAUUAUGGUGUCUUUAUUAUAUAGCAGAAAUUAAAUAUAAUAUGCAUACCUAUGUUUUCAUUAGUGUCUAAUCAGCUAAAAGAAUAAGCAUCAGUAUGUUUUUGUUACCUUACAAUGAGCCUUUUAUAUUGACAGACGCCGUUGGGUCCUCCUCUUCCUGUUGUCAUGUUUCUUGUUGCCCAGAAUGGACAAACCAAUCAUUGGCUCUACAUAGGAAGGUUCGAACAUUUCGUGACCUUCAUAGUUUCUCCUUUAUGCUGACAUGCAGGUGGGUGAGUGCAUGGAGAUGCAAUUCAAAAUAACACCCCUAGAUGGCAGCAAAUCCUACACACUGAUCCUUUAAGCUGGAUGAACAGACUCAGUCUGUCAGGUAGAGCAGUGGAUCUAUUCUAAUCUUGAGAUGGGCGAUUUAAUCCCUGGCUCCCUUCAGUGUACAUGUCGAAGCAUCCCUGGGCAAGAUACUAAAACUGAAUUACCACUGAAGGUUGUGUGAGUGUGAGUGUGUGAGUGUGAGUGUACGAGUGUUAGUUGUUCUUUCUGAUGAGCAGUUGGUAUCUUGCAUGGCAGCAUAUGUCAUCAGUGUAUGAAUGUGUGUGCAUGGGUUAAUGUUGAUGUGUAGUGUAAAGUGCUUUGAAUGGUUAGAAGAUGAGAAAGCCGCAAUAUAAAUGCAAGUCUAUUUACCGUUUCUGUUCAAUGGACCCAAAAUCAUUGAAACAAAUAUCAUGCGAUGCUUAAUGUUAAGGUUGGUUCUGGAACGCCCACCCCCUGCUUGAAGCCCCCUGUUUCACAGAGGGCAGGGCCUAGCACAACUGGACUAGAGGAACUACAGGUCAAGUGGAUUUAGAUUUUACUGAAGUUUGAAAACUGAAUUCAUUCAUUAAAAGAAU